AUGAAGUACUACUGCACAAAGAGCGUUUUCAAGAAUUCAUGGGAGGAAGUGGCGACGGCAUUUUGGCAUCGUUACCCGAACCCUUUCAGUCGUCAUGUUUUGUCUGAGGAUACGUUGAUGAGAUCAGUAGUAGGCUCUGUAUUAUAUUCUAAGCGGCUGUUGCUUAAAACGAAUCGAAUGCCGAAAUGGGGUGAGCGUUUUUGCAAUAUUCGCCACGUGCCUGUUCUCGAGGAAUCGUCGGUGGACAACAGGCUUAAGACACUUGUCACUUAUUCCCGGAAUAUCAGCUACACUCGUAUGAUGUGCGUCGAAGAAAAGUGCGUCUACCGACCUGAUCCCAACGACGCCAACCAAACGGUGUUGAAACGGGAGGCAUGCAUUUCCAGUCACUUGCGAGGGUUUGCUGUCGUCGUACAACGAUUCGCCGUCGAAAGGUUCAAACAUAACGCGGCGAAUGCCAAUCGUGGUAUAAAUCACGUGUUGUCAAAAAUGUUUCCCAGCAGAGUUUAUGGUCGAAAAAGUUUCGGACAGACUUCUUGA